GUCUGGGGAUUGGCUCGGUGGCUUGUCAGUAAAGUCAGUCCUCCGUCUAUUCCAGAGUGACUGAAGUGCAGAGACACUGAACCAGACAGCGAUAGGUCCGGGAAUAGCCUACUGGGCUAAGCGACACAUACGCAGAACUGGGACGAGAAAGGACUAGACGCGACAGAAAAGGCAAAGUCACUCCGCCAGUUUAAACUCACAGUGAUGGAGGAAGACAUGCCGCCGGCAGACGAGGGACUCUGCGCCCCCAAAAUCUGCAGACAACGGAGCCCGUUUAGUACCCUCAAGACCUUCCCUGGCAAGCGACCGGCAGUCAAAGCAAGGUAUGACAGACCCACUAUGGUGACCAUCCCACUGUUAGGAGGCGGCGGCGAGCAGCAUCAACACAACCAUUAUCAACAUCAGCACCUUCAGCCCUCCGUCGUCAGCAGCGGCGAGCACCACCACCGCACGCUGCAGCAGCGAUUCCCCUACGAGACCGGGCCCAGCUGUGGAGUCGCCGCGUCCUCUUCAGCAACGGUUUCGGCAACAGCAUCCGUGGGCACCCCGCGGAGGGUCUGCGGCGCAACGGAGCAUCAUAGCACCAGGUACCCGGCAGGAAGCUCCGUACAUUCCCACGAAUCUCCUGACUGCAGUCAAGAGCUGAGCGCAGAAAACCGCCUCAUCCUGGACGCCUUCGCCCAGCAGUGCAGCCGCGUCCUCACGCUCCUCAACGGCAACGGCAGGUUCCUGGACGCCCACCCGCCUCCCCCGCCGCAGCCAGCGUUUUCUGCCCUGACAUCUCACAUCAAGCAGGAGGAGGGCGAGCGCCCGGGGCCUGGUGACACGGACACCUCGGAGGCGGAGCCCCGGCAGGGCGGCAGGAACCAGCAGCAGCGGCCGCAGACCUCCGCCGUCCUCCGCGCCUUCACCGAGUCGCUCCAGGGCUACCUGAUCUCCGGCACCCGGCACCCGCACCUGCCGGGGGGUGACCUUGGCCACGCUGCCGACCCCGCCCCCCUGACAGCCUCCCCAUCUCGUACCCUGGGGGGCUGGGCCUCCCCCGCGCCCUCCGAGUCCCACGGCCACCCCUCAUCCACUCUGCCCGAAGAAGAGGAGGAAGAGGAAGGCUGCUGCCCUCGCUGUCUGGAGCUCGAGCAGGAAGUGCUGUGCUUGCAGCAGGAGAAUGAGGACCUGCGACGCAAGCUAGACAGCAUUCCUGCCCCGUGUCAGACUGUCCUCGACUUUUUCAAGACCGUCCUCCAGCACCACAGCCAAUUCUUGCAGCCUGUUCUGGAAGACCAGCUGACUGAGGGCAGUAAGCAGCUCCUGGGGAACUACCCCGUCUUCAUCACCAACAAGCAGUGGGACGAGGCGGUCAACUCCUCCAAGAAGGACGGGCGUCGGCUCCUGCGCUACCUGAUCCGCUUCGUCUUCACCACGGACGAGCUCAAGUACUCCUGCGGCCUGGGCAAGAGGAAGCGCUCCGCCCAGUCCGGCGAGUCCGGGCCGGAGAGACGCCCGCUCAACCCCGUCAAGGUCACCUGCCUCAGAGAGUUCAUACGGAUGCACUGUGCCUCGAAUCCUGACUGGUGGAUGCCGUCGGAAGAGCAGAUAAAUAAGGUGUUCAGCGACGCGGUAGGGCACGCGCGGCAGGGCCGGGCGGUGGGCACAUUCCUGGGCGUCGCCAACAGCAGCAACUGUGGAAGCAUCUACUCGGAGAGCGUAGACAGCCACCUGUCUCAGGACGAGUUCUUCUUCAAGGGCUUUCAGGAAGGCACUGGGGACUGAGGGCUGGACAAGCGCACGUACAUGUGGGGGGAGGUGGGGGAAUAGUAUGGACCUCUCUAGCACCCCCCCACUGCCCUGCUGGCUGAAACAGUCUCUACAUUUCAGAGACCAUAGAUGUCUGCGAUGUUCCUCUGACGUUGAACCAAUGUCACACCGAUGUUAGGAUUGUGCCGGGAUGAGAUCAAGGCUUAUUUGAUCAAGGGAAGAGGCUGCACCAGGUUUGUUGUGACUGAGUAUAGCUAAAAUCAAUAAAAAAUUAUUUUGGAAAAAUUCUGUCAUUUUCAUGUUCAUCUUCAGUAUGUGAGCAUGACAUCUCGACCUCAGUGUUUUUCUGCACAGCUUUUACACAGCAGGUUGUGUCUGUGGUAGAAUAUUUACCACUGAAUUUCUGCUACAUCAACCUGUUUGAUUGAAGGAAAAUAAACCUUGUCAGCUUGCAGCACCAGUGGUCAAAAACUUCUCCAUUAUGUAUUGAGCAGAUGCCAGCUCAACUGAGGAGCCAUGGAAACUUGCAGGAGCAUGUGCUGAUCCAGCUAAACCAAGGGUCAGUGAUAAUGGUGAACGGGGGGUGGGAAUGCAAGGGAAUUUAGAACUGGAGGGGGGUCAGUCACAUUUCAGUAAGGUUCGGGGAAACUAGUUUAUGUAGACAUCAGAACUCCUCUCUGACUAUAUAUCUAUGACUGCUGCAUGCUGCAGCAUACAGCUUUCAUAUGCAUCUGAGAUUGCGGUGAAUGCUGGUGCCAUUCAGACUGUGUAUUUGAUUGGGUCUGGCUUUGGGCCUGUGGUCCUGAAGAGAGGUUACACUGUAUUCUGUUUGCAAUUGACAUUCAUGUAAUAGAACAGCCUCCUCUCUCAGCCUCAUAUUCCCUGCAGCCCCCUCUCCCAGUCUCACCCUCCCAGCAGCCUUCACUCAUAUUCUCACAUUCCUUUACAACUUUCACCCUGCCUCACACUCUCAUAAGUUCCUUCUUUUGGCCCACAUUGUUUCAUUGGAAUGUCAAAAUAUGAGAACUCUGAAUGUAAUCUUGUUGGUUUCUUGGGUUUCUGUCAGUUCCUUCUCAUAAACAUUUACCAGGUGUCACGUAGUCAAGUGAAAGCAAUUUUCAUACCCUAUGACCAAGUUCUAAUUAAGUCCAGAUGUAGUCAACUUCAUCAUGAAUGCAACCUCAGCUGGUGUUAGUGGCAUACAGUAUAUCGAUAAGAUAAGAAUGAUCAUUCUGGAGCUGGAAAGGUCAUUAAAUAACAACUCAGAUAUGUCCAAUAACAACCAAGAUGUAGCAUUUGUAUGGGUUACCUCAUAAAGCGUCAGUUCCAGGAAUGCAGUGAAUGUUCCACCAUUGCAGGAUAUUACUAUGACUGUAGCACCCUUUUUGACUCACUAACAAGGACUAUAUUCUUUAUUGUAAAAAAUAUUUAAAAUAUUUUAUGGACGUUGGCAGGGCUGGUACUUUCUAGAUGGUCACCGCGGACUGCGUAAGACAUUUCAAUCAAUAAAGUUGCAAGCCCAGCAAGAGACACAGUGUUGCAGAGUUUUUGUCUUCUGCAUGUCUCCAGCACCUGUGGUCUAGUCAGCUUUCAAAACCAUCCUUAUACUUAACACUAACAAUUUCUUGUGUUCUACCUCAUAGUGCACAAUUGAUUUGGGAAAAUCAGGCUAAAAAUCCACUGCACUGUCUCUGCUGGAAGGAUGAUUUAUUUAUGUUUUGCCUGAUAUUCCCUAGUGUGCUGUUUACAGCUGCAGGCUGUCAUAUUGUCAUAUUGUACAAUUUGAAAAAUGUGAAAUAUUGGUCAAAAUUCACAUUCAGAUCAAGACUAAACAUUGAAAAAUAGCUGCAACUGGUUUCAAGACUCAAAGGUAAAAGCACAUUCUAAUGGAAAAAUGGUAUGUGAAGUCCAUUUCAUGAUACUUUUUGGUUUAUCAGAACACUACUGAUAUAAAUCCUAAAGGAUACUGUUGCAGUCACCGUUCAGGAAGUAUCAUAUUUAGCAUGCUCUGAUGACUUCUGCACCUUGUUUAGCAAGGUACACAUGUGGUGGUUUAUGUGUGUACCUCUCUGGGGCCACGGCCUGACUUCUUUUUAACUACUGUUACACUGUUGGGAUGCCUGACUGUUUAAAAAACUCCCUCCAAUCAUGAUAAACUGAAACCUACUCCGAGUAAAGCCGUUCACAUGUAGAAGUGUUCAUUAUUAUAAAGGUUUAUAAAUGAUAACUGGAUUAGCUAGAACUUAAAAAAAAUGCAAAGGGAUCCUGUCUGACACCAAAAUUUCAUUUAAAAUAUAUAAAUAAUAAUAAUUCAGUAAUAUAUACUGAACUUAUUAGGUGAGUAAAAUAGGGCAUAUGAUUGAUUACAAAUGUUGUAUGAUAGUGUCACAUUUAUAAAAGUAUAUGCUUAGGGAAUCCAGAAUCCAGUCUAUAUUAAAUAAUUUUUUGCAAGAAUGUUAUGCACACUGGGGUUUUGGACAAAAAUAUACUACUGAGAAUGUACAAGGAGACACAUUUUAAGAAACCAGUGUUUGAUGGCACCCAAAGUGUAUUACUCAAAAACUCUAUUUUGGGGACCAAGCAUAUGUUCCUGUGUGUGCUGUUCCAGCAAGUAAUGUGCAAAUGUGUUUUAUGAAGUGAGAUGGUUGUGUUAUGCGCUGUUAUUGGAAUGUCCAUAUCAUGUAGCUAUAUCUGCCAGUUGAAUCCAGGUUAUUUUUUAAAAAUCCAACACUGUGACAAAGCAAUUGUAAACAUGAGCUAUAAUAAAUCUUUUUUCUUGGU